AUUAAUGACCUUUGCUCUGUUCUGUCCAUUGUAUUGAUGAAGGUAAAAGUACACCUCAGCAGUGGCAUGCAGACAGGUUCAAGGUUCAUACUGGAUCAUUCCUAAGGCACCAGCCACAAUGCAUAAGCCACAUGUGCAGUCAGUACAGUUAUAGGUAACUGAACAAUAACUUUGUACGGACCCAGCAAUACAUCCAUUUAUAGAAUUUUUAAAAAUACAUGUAAACAAUAAAUUGCUUUGAAAGCAUAAAUUUUGCUAUUUCCUCUAAACCUGCAGAAAGUAAUGAUCAAGGGUACAUCAAAACUUAAAACGAUGUAAACAACAUGAUAAGAAUCUGGUAAAUCAUUGAUCACACAAGACAAAAAACAAGGUAUAAAGUACAAUGCGCAAGUAGGACUAGGUGCAUUUUGUCACGUAGUAACCCAGAGCACAUAUCUUCCAAACACCACAGCAUCAAGACGUAAAAGCCUUCUGCAACUAUCUGGCAGGAAAGUUUUAAAUACUCAACCACGUCUGGAAUAUACUAUAGUUCACAGGUAGCUGUACAACAUGGGUAGAAAGCUGCAACAGCUGAUUUGCCUUCUCGUCAUCGUGAAAGAACUCAAGGCAACAGAAUCAAACUGCAUCUGUUCAACAACGUCAUCCUGCAUCUGUUCCUCCUCCUCAUCCUGUGAUUGCAACAUAAAGGGCCUCACCAGCAUUCCACAGACCCUACCAUCAUCCAUUACUGACCUGAAUUUAAGUCAAAAUCUAUAUACAACUUUAAGUCAGUCAGAUUUCUCAAGGUACAGGAGGUUGAGAACUUUAUAUUUGGGAGGCAAUCGUAUCUCUACAAUAAAUGACCGGGCAUUUUACUAUCAAAAUAGCUUAACCACCUUGGGUCUUCACCUCAACCGGUUGACAAGUCUACGAGCUGACAUGUUUGAGGGACUUAGUACCCUAUAUAGUCUACUGCUGUAUAAUAAUGAUAUCAGUUUUAUUGAGGCAGGAACCUUUUGCUCAACCCCACAACUGCGCAGCUUGUUAUUGGGUGGAAACAAUGUGACAUCAAUUCUACAAGCAAAACACAAUGUUUUUGAUUGUCUGAAUGGUCUUACGCAGUUACAACUUUGGAGUGGUCACUUGAAAGUUAUCCCAUCUAACAUUUUUUAUAAUUUUCCGCAGCUUAGAUAUCUUGCUCUCAGCAACAAUGAGAUAAGCUCCAUCCCACAUGGUGCUUUCGCUAAUCUAUCCUUGCUUCAAACUUUGUGGCUGAAAUCAAACCAGAUAACAGACAUUCAGUCUGGUUCAUUUUCAAACCUACUCCGACUCCAAAAGUUGUACCUGUACUCCAACCUAAUAAGUAACAUUGAGUCUGGUAUAUUCUCGAAUCUACCCCAACUCCAAGAGCUCCAUCUGUACUCAAACCAAAUAACUGCUAUUCAGUCUGGUGCAUUUUCAAACCUGCCACGACUACGGCAUUUACGCCUUGAAAAUAACAAGCUGCAUACAAUAAGCCCUGGUUUGCUAACUGGCCUGGGAAACUUGCAAGAGCUUCAACUACAGAACAACCAGAUUGCCACACUUCCCCUGGUGGCAUAUGACAAGCUAUCCUCUAUCACUACCGUAAACAUUGACAACAACCACUGGCAGUGUGACUGUAGGAUGGUUCCCUUCAGGCAGAAAAUGACUGGGUCUCAAUCAUUUGAAAACCAAACCACCUGUGAAGGACCCAGCAACUUCCAUGGACAAAGGCUUAUCGAUAUCAAUCCUGAAGAUCUGAUCUGUGAAGAACCAACAAUUGUGAGGUUUGAGAUGAGUGGGGAUACCACAUUGUUACAAGGACAGACACUCCAUUUGGUCUGUGAAUCAUUGGGAAUCCCUACACCAGACAUCACAGUCAUUCUCCCAUCUGGAUUGGAUGCAACUGUUGAGUCAGGUGGGAGGGUGACUGUGGAGGUGAAUGGUACUAUCACUUUAACAAACUUUACUGCAGCAGAUGCUGGUCUGUACAUCUGCAUUGCAGCAAAUCAAGCUGGUUCAAAAUUUGCCACACUGUCUGUUGACGUGGACAUCCGUACAUCCGUCAUGCCAGUUACUUUACCACUUGGUAGUACACAAAGCUAUGAUGUCACAAGCGUAGCAUCAGUCACACUGCCUGAAGAAGCAGCUAUUGUGAGGUUUGAAAGGAGUGGAGAUACCACAUUGAUACAAGGGGAGACACUAUAUUUGGUCUGUGAAGCUUCAGGAAUCCCCAAACCAGACAUUACAGUCAUUCUCCCUUCUGGACUGAAUGCCACUGUCAAGUCAGGUGGGAGGGUGACUGUGGACGUGAACGGUACCAUCACCAUAACAGACCUUACUGCAGCAGAUGCUGGUCUGUACAUCUGUAUUGCAAUGAGUCCUGUUGGUGCUACAUAUGCCACAUUAUUUGUGUCCAAUGUCCAACAGAAUAUGCCCACAACUUUCACCAUGGCACCUCUGUCCAGCACUUCAUCUGUAACUACCACUGGUGCUCUCAAUUUCGAAUUACCUGUUCUCAUUGCCUCUGUCUGUGGUGCAGUUGCUGGCACUCUACUCAUUGGUGGCAUCAUUCUCACAAUCUGGUUCAAGAGAAGAAACAAGAAACCUCCAUCUGUCCCAGACCACAGCAUUGUGUUUGACAACAAAAACACCACUGUUACAAUAAUAGGUGGUCAUGACCAAACAGAGCAAGGUCAGUUUCAGGCAAUGGGUGAAGCCACACGUCCACAUCUCCAAGCACCAUCUGUCUCACAGCAUCAUCUGUAUGAUGAUGUUAUGCCUCCAAGAAACAACGUGCCUCUUGAUGAUCGUCCCCCACUUCCCCCACCCCGUAGAGGUGUUGCUGCAGCAGUGGAUGAGAAUGCACCUGCCCAUGAUGCACUUCACUACUACCAGCCACUAACAAGCACCAGAAAUCAGCCUGCUGAAGCCCAUAGCUAUGGCACUCAACACCACUACCAAUCUCUCAGAAAGACAUAAAUAUUGUACACAGCCAUUAAUAUGGCAACCAAUCAAGAAACUAUAGAAAAGAACCAUUCAAAACAUUUAGGAUUAGCCUUAGGAUGUAUUUUCAUGGCAUCUUGUAUUGACAAUGUGAUGUUUGAGAUGCUUUGGGUAUAGCACUGCAAUACGUGCCUCAUAACGUCCAGAAGCAAAUCUCUUUCACUCAGCUGUAGAGAUUGAAUUGUAUUUGAAUAUUGUUUAGUAGUACCUGGAUGUCUAACCUUGAUAACCAUAAUAUGUACAUGUGUGUUUAUAUGAGUUUGUAUUCAAAGUUUAUAUUAAUCAAUUAAGUGCUUAAGGGCUUAAAAAGUAAAAAUUUGUGAAACCAUCAAAUUAUUUUUCAUAGAAGUAAAAGGCUGUGUACCAUACACUAACUUACUCACUAUUUGGUUUAUAAAAUUCAUACUGUAACAUUUAAGCAAUUCAUGAAAUUCACACUGCAUCUAAGAUAUAUAUCACUCUUAAUUUUGUGGAAAGUCCAACAAUCUAGAUUUUAUUUUCAUCUUGAUAGAAGUCCCCUGCCAGGCCAAAAUACAUCUG